AGGUUUACUCGCAGUGAAACCUCUCCGUUAUUCGGGUUUUUUUGGUUUGUUGACAACAUUUUGUCAAAGUUUUGAUCGCGACAUGAAGGUCAACACUCUCGGACGCCGACAUGGUGUGCCACGUAACAAACUUUAGAGAUUACAUAAACUAUCUGGAAUGGAUUUACCCUCAAAAACCAUGUACGACACGUUCAAAGAUGAAAUCUGGAAAGAGUUGGGACCACUGGACCCCAACUGGUUUGAGGCAUUGACAGCUCAAACGUUCACUAAUGAGGAAAGUAUCUCUGAUCAAGAUGACCUGUGUGCUAACCAAGAGGGACAUUUUAAAACACCUGCUGUUGACAGUCAGCUGUUUUCCACACCCAAAGUUUUCAGACGCAGUCGAGUUGUGUCACCUGAAACUGAGGAUGAGCAAUCAUUGACUUUUGAACAAGAAAAAGAAACAUUGCCAUUGACAGCAACGCAAAGUCCAUAUUUGUUUCGGGUGUCAAAAGAGGGGGUUCCAGGUGAGAAAUAUGGAGGUUCCCAGCCUCAGUAUCAGGACAGUUUUGAUCUGCUUCAUACCCCACAAAAAUCCCCAGUGGGCCAUGCCAAGCAUAUAUCUGAAAGUCUCGGAGCACAGAUUCAUCCUGACAUGUCAUGGACCAGUUCUCUAAAUACCCCACCAGCAGUGCCAUCCACUCUGAUUUUAUCUAAAACUGAUGAGAGUCCCUGUCCUGUGAGUGUUUCAGCAGACAAAAAUGUUGAGUUUGUACGGAAGCUUUUCCCCUCUCUUUCAAAUGCAUCCAAAGUUGGAACUGUGUCACCCAAAAAUGAUGACAUGCCCUCUGUCCACCAAGGUGUUGUUUCCCCUGAAGCUAGUCAGAAUCCAGAGCCCCACGACUCCCCCCAAAGUUCACUUAAUCAGAGUGGUGUUGUUUGGAAACAGAAGCUACCAGAUGCAAUUGAAGAUGGAGAAAUUCGCAGUGCAGUAGCAAGUGUUCUUGAUGGAGCUGAAAAUGUUCUGUCUUUAUUUUUCACCAAAAGUAGUUCAGCGCUGAGAAAAGCAAAAACUGACAGAAGCAAAAGAAAGCAAAUUAUUCCUACAAAAGAGCACACGGACAACAAUGCACACAGUGCUGAAUCCAGUGAGCAGAGAACAGCUGAUCAGGAGCAUGGCAUUCUUCCUUCAUCCCCACCCAUUAAAACUGGAGAUGUUGCAAUCACCCAGUGGUCUCCUUUGAGUUUAUCUGAAAUUCCACCUUGUACUGUGGAUACUUCUUGCCAUGAUAGUAAUUGUGCUACACAGAUGGAAAACAAAGUGUUGACAGGACAACUGCAAAGUGACUCUGAUUCUGGCCUGUCGGUCAGGCCACUGAUGAAAACCCCAGACUCUGGAUUUACAACGAAAAAAAGAAAAUUUGUUUACACUGUUGUGACUUCAAAACUGCAAGUUCAAGGAAAAGACACACGGUCUCAGAGGAUGGACUCAUCACCAGGGAUUCCAGAUUCUGGACAAGGUGUUCAUGUGAAGCAGUUGGAGAAAGCCCGAGAUGAAGCGGAUAUUCGCAGUAUUGGGAAAAAUGAGAUGCAAAAACAGGCAAAUCUUGCAGAAGAAAAUCUACCUCCAUCUGUCCAAGCAAAAAUCCAGGAUCUUGACAUGUCACAGCUUUGCAAAGAUUUUGCACAAGACUUCAGUCAAAUGUUAGACCCCAGUAAUCUGAGUAAAGGAACAGAGGACACUACUCGAAAGGGCUUCUCUCCAUCAGCUUGUCUGUCAGCCAUGAAACAAGCUAAGCAGAAAGCAAUGCAAGCAAACCCUCACCGUGACUGCAAUGGCAACAGUGAAAGCAGACAUGUCUCUACCACUAAUCAAAAGAACUGCAAUGAGGGCACAAUAAGUGACAGUGGGUUCCAGUCUGCUGUUGCAGAUAGCACUCACGUGACUGCAUCAUUUGUUCUUCCCAGCUCAGAGAUCAGUGGUCAAAGUCAACAGUGGACAGACUUUAAAACUGACAUUCAUAGAACCUCUUCUUUCACGUCUACAAAUACAGGAAAUGGAAAAGCACAUUUGGAUCAUAUUGUACAAAAAGCUGAAACGGAUGCCAAGCUGCCCAGCGCAAUCAAGGAAAACCAGAUGCCAGGACUUGGCAGAGAGAGUGAGUCUAACAUAGAGAGCACAUCAGCACAACUACCGAGCUGUGCAAAAGGAACUGUUGAUAACAUUAAUUGUGCUCCACUUAAUGGUCCAGUCCAUGGCAGUCUGCCAGAGAAAACAACAGUUUCUCUUCCUUCCGUCCAUACAUCAGGAUUCAAAACAGCUUCAAAUAAGGGUAUAAACGUUUCCUCGGCCAACCUGAAGAGAGCCAAGCGUCUCUUUGAAGAGACUGAGGGGGAAAGAACUACAAGCAACAAGCCCGCCAAAUGUGCCUGUGACAUUAAAGAAGAAAUCAGUGUGGGUCAUGGAUCAGUGAAUAAUCAGGCCACUAAAUCGAACCAGCCACUUUCUACAACCGAAAAAAAUGUGGAUAUCAGUUGCCAGUUAACAGCUUCACAAAAAGCUGACGUGACUGAGCUUUGCACUCUUUUGGAAGAAGCGGAUAGCCAGUUUGAAUUUACACAGUUCAGAACUGCAAAGCCAAAACAACAUAGUCAAGAUAAUGCCACCUCUCCUCAAAAAGUUGACAAAGAACUUGACAGUGAUUUUCUUUCAGGUAUAGAUUUUGACGACAGUUUUAGCUUAGAAGCUGAAAAGCAAGUGGCCGCACCUGUGAUGCAUGACAACAUGACCUUAGUUUCACAUGUUGAAACACACUGUGGGACAUCCAACAUCACAAGUAAAUCCACAGGUUUGCCAUUGUCAAGUCCAGUAGAAAAAGAAUAUUCCUCUACUAAAGAUGUGUCUUCCUCUUCAAAGCAUAGCUUUGAAGGCAGCAGCAGUAUUAUGUCAGUUGAACCCAAAAAUCUUGACAGAGCUGGGCACACUGAAACAAGCAACCUGGAGAACAAGAAUCCUUUAAUGCUUGGUGUGGGAUUUAAGACCGCUGGAGGAAAUGUUCUGAGAGUCUCAAAAACGUGUUUGAGCAAAGCCAGAGCUUUGUUUGCAGAUUUACAGGACAAUCUUGUGACAUGUGAAAAACCACCGGACAAGCAAAGUAGCAAAACUGAAGCUGAAACACAGCAUAAGCGCUGUGUUGAUAAUCACAAUGGUACCGUCUUGCAUCAUAACAAUAUUCUGAAGUCCACAGCUUAUGGUAAUGAUAAGAAAAGGACGGUUCAGGGCUGUUUAUCCAACAUGAAAGAGUAUGUCUGUUCAGGCAAACAAGUCACAGGCAUUAGAGAUGAAGGCGCCACAACAAGUUUGAAAAACAACAUAAUGGACACAACCACAUGUCAAAGUGGGUUCCAGCUGGCCAGUGGGAAAGAUAUUUCUAUUUCAGCAAAAGCAAUGCAAGAGGCAGAUGCUUUCUUCAAAGACUGUGACACAAUGGACACUGACACUGGGAUGUCAGUUAACAAAAAAGAGAGCAAAGCACCCUUGUCUAGAAAUGUCAUUCAUAAGAAAACCCUCCUAAAAUAUCUAAAUGUUCAAGGGAUGGAAGUACAGCUCCCUGAAAAACCAAUCAAUGAGUCUGAAAAUGGGAAUGCUUGUCAAGCUGCACCCCUUACAGAGGUUGUACAACAAAAAGAGGAGAUUCCCAAUUUUGGUUUUAAGAAUAUGGCGGCUUUAACAAAUGCAGCCUUUUUCAAUGGAAACCCUUCAUCGACUGUAGAGGUACUUUCAUCUCUCUCAGGCACAACAUCAAAGAAUAUUGGCUCAUCUGCCAUCGAUGAGUUGAGAAAUGAUAGUUGUUCUUCUAUAGCCAGUGGGAAAAAAGUUUCCAUUUCGGCUGACACAAUGAAAAAAGCAGAACAUCUUUUGAAUGAAAUUCAUACACUUGAGGGCACUAACAAAAAACUGAAACCGAAAGGAGAUGCUUUAAGAACAGGUCAUCUCACCAAUCACAAUCAGCUUCUACCACCUAAAAAUUGUGGAUUUCAGAAAGCCAGUGGAAAAGGAGUUGUCAUUUCAUCUACAGCUCUGAAGAAAGCAAAACUGUUGUUGAGUGAAUGUGAUGGAGUUGAGGAUGAAAUUGGUGUAAAACCAAUGCAUUCCAAGACUCAGGUUCCUGGUCCACAACCCAGGAAUAGUGAAUUUCUUGCAGCCAGUGGUAAACCAGUGGCAUUUUCAUCUGAGGCCCUCCAGAAGGCAAAAGCUCUCUUUAGUGACAUUGCUUUUAGUGCAGAAUUCCCUGCUGCUUCAGACACAAGGAACAGGGAUAAGAAACAAGGCAAUGCUGGAAAUACAGAGAAAAUGCAUUGUGGUUUCACAACUGCGGGGGGAGCAAAACUCCAUGUGUCACAGAAUAAUCUGCUGAAAGCAAAGGACCAUUUGAAAGAGUUUGAUGAUGAUUGUAUUUCAGCAAAAGAAAUGCAAGAAUCAGAUGCUUUCUUUGAGGACUGGGAUUUUGAGAACAGUAUUGAUGGCAAGGCGGUCAAACAUGAGAAAAGUACACCACCCUUGAGUGGAAGUGGCUGUGAGAAGAGAAGUAGUUCUGGAGAGCCUGGAAGUGGAUGCAUUGAGUUUGACAACGUGAAUGUUGGACCAGACAUAAAACAUGAAGAGAUGCUGCAUCCUCAUGAUAAGGAGAUUCACAAAGGUGUUUUUAAGAACACGUCGGAUUCUCUCAAAGCAGCUUCUGUGCAUGGAAACUCAUCUGUGAUGACCCAGCCAUUUUCUGCUCAGUUGUGCACCACAUCAGUUAACAUUAGUUCAUCUGCCAUCAAUGAAUCAAGCACUGGUGGUGGAUUCUGUACAGCCAGCGGGAUCAAAGUAUUUGUGUCAAAUGACGCAAUUACAAAAGCAAAGUCUUUAGUGGAUAAGAGUACUACAUUUGAGGACACAAACAAACAUCUGAAACACAGAGAAUAUACUUUUUUACCACAGAACAGUGGAUUUCAGACAGACGGUUGCAAAGGAGUUCCCAUUUCAUCUGCAGCCCUAGAGCAAGCAAAAACUUUGUUAAAUGAAUGUGAAAGAGCUGAGGGUGGAGUUGAUAUAAAGCCACCCCAUUCAAAGAUGCCAGUUCCUGGUCUACCACCCAGGAAUAGUGGAUUUCUUGCAGCCAGUGGUAAACCAGUGGCAUUUUCAUCUGAGGCCCUCCAGAAGGCAAAAGCUCUCUUCAGUGAUAUCAGUUUCAGUGCAGAGAUCCCUGCUGCUUCAGACACAAGGAACAGUGACAAGAAACAAGGAGAUGCUGAAAAUACAGAGAAAAUGCAUUGUGGUUUCACAACUGCAGGGGGAGCAGAAGUCCAUGUGUCCCAGAACAGUCUGUUGAAAGCAAAAAAACUUUUGAAAGAAUUUGAUGGUGACUGUAUUUCAGCAAAAGCAAUGCAAGAAACAGAUUCUUUCUUUGAGGGUUGUGAUAUUAAGGAUGAUAACAAUAGCAAAAGAAAAGCACCCAUGAGCAGAACUGGGGGUGAGAAGAAAAACAUUUAUGCAGAGCCUGGAGGUGGACACUGGAUGCUGCACCCUGAUGAUGAGGAGAUUCACAAAGCUGUUUUUAAGAAUACAUCGGAUUCUCUCAAAGCAGCUUCUGUACAUGGAAACCCAUCUGUGAUGACAAAGCCUCUUUCUUCCCAAUUGAACCCAACGUCAAAGAACGUAAGUUCCUCUACCAUCAAUGAAUCGAAUGGUGGUGGAUUCUGUACAGCCAGUGGGAAAAAAGUAUCUUUGUCAGAUGAUGCAAUGACAAAAGCAAAGUCUUUACUGAAUGAAAUUGCUACAUUUGAGGACACAAACAAACAUCUGAAACAAAAGCAAAGUACUUUUCCAGCACAAAACGGUGGAUUUCAGACAGCCAGUGGCAAAGGAGUUUCUAUUUCAUCCGCAGCCCUAAAGAAGGCAAAAACUUUGUUAAAUGAAUGUGAUGGAGUUGAGGAUGGAGUCGAUGUGAACCCAUCACAUCCAAAGAUGCAAGUUCUCAGUCCACUGCCGGGGAAUAGUGGAUUUCUUGCAGCCAGUGGUAAACCAGUGGCAUUUUCAUCUGAGGCCCGCCAGAAGGCAAAAGCUCUCUUUAGUGACAUUGCUUUCAGUGCAGAGAUCCCUGCUGCUUCAGACACAAGGAACAGUGACAAGAAACAAGGAGAUGCUGAAAAUACAGAGAAAAUGCAUUGUGGUUUCACAACUGCAGGGGGAGCAAAAGUCCAUGUGUCACAGAACAAUCUGCUGAAAGCAAAGAACUUUUGGAAAGAAUUUGAUGAUGGAGAGUAUCGUGAUUCAAACUCAUAUCCAGGAGGCCCCCAUAAAUCUGAUUUAUCAAAAGUAAAAAUAACUUCAAAUUCUAAUCUCACCACAGCCAGUGAAGAGAACAAGUUCAAUGCCCCUCGGGUAUUAAAACCUUUGCAAGAGAUGGACCAUGGAAACGAAACUUCUCAAAAUCCAAGUUUACCUCGUUGCUUUUCUAUUAAAGACAAGACACAUACAAAUCCAUCAGGGGUGUGCAACCUCAAUGACAACCCUGGAGAAGAAAUGUCAAGCAUGUUGGACUAUGAAACUAAUCAGACAAUCAGCAGCGAGGGACCUGAUGCCAAAAGGCCACAAGAGUCUUCAGUCCUAAACUUUAAGUCACUUAAUCUAAGUGGCUGCACUGACACCCAGCAAAGGUUUUUCGCCCAGGAAGCUCUGGACUGCACUAAAGCUUUGUUAGAAGAUGAAGGUCUAGCUGGCCAAAGUCUCUCAAUGACUUUAGAAGAUGUACCACUGCAAGAUAACCCCAAAUCCAGCUUCAGAUCUGAAGAGGAACAAAAGGGAACAGGGAAAAGAUCAGUGGAGGACCCAGAUGUGACGGGUCAGCCUCCCCUGAAAAGACGAUUACUUGAAGAAUUCGACAGGACUAUUCAUGGUCCAAGAGGUUCAACACUCAAUCCAGAAAAAAGUUUUCCAAAUGGUGUAAUGAAAGACAGGAGAGUUUUCCAGUACAGUGACUCUCUUAAACCAAACAUCACAAGGCCACACAGGAAUGGAAAAAACUCUGUGGAAACCACGUUGCAGAAGACAACAACAACACAACACUCAACUCCGGGAAACAGAAAAUCAGCACAUUCAAAGACGCCAGUGUUUGUUCCUCCAUUCCUCAAGAAUGCAAAGACUGAGCAUCGCAAGAAUACAGAGCUUAAGGACACAAUAAGAACACCUUCUGUAUUUGUGCCUCCAUUCAAAAAACAAAGAACUGUUGUUCAAGAGAUCUCCUCUAAACCACAGGAGGAGGAGGAGGAUAAACACCGCCAUCUCUCUGCUACGCACUUUAACGGCAACACUUUUGUACUGCCCACUAAAAACACACAAAGCACUACAGAUGAAACUGGUAAUAAAAGCAAAGAAGACAUUCAGACAGUGGCUUUGGCUGACACUCCAAAUGAUUAUUUGAUGAAUAAUCAAAAGCUUCCUGUUGGGUGUGGAUCAGAGGACUCUGCUGCAGAGGUAUCACUUGUGGACAACACUUUGUCUGCAAGCCAAGCCAUGUUUCAGAAUCUUCAAAACAUAGAGCUGGCCCGUGAUAUGCAAGAUAUGAGGAUCAGAAAAAAGAAGCGCCAGACCAUUCGACCUUUACCAGGCAGUUUGUUUCUAACCAAAACCUCAGGAGUAUUGAGGAUACCAUUAAAAGCUGCAGUGAAUGGAAAGUCUCCUGCAAGAUACAGCAAAAAACAGCUGUAUGGACACGGAGUUCAUCAGCAUGUGUUUAAGAUCACCAGUGAAACAGCAGAAUCUUUUCGCUUCAGUUUAGGACAGUUUAUCAAACAGGAAGCAUUUAUAGACGGUGGUGGCGUUCAGCUCGCUGAUGGAGGAUGGCUGAUCCCCAGCAAGGAUGGGACUGCAGGGAAGGAAGAGUUUUAUAGAGCAUUAUGUGACACCCCAGGUGUUGAUCCAAAACUGAUCAGCGAGGAGUGGGUGCACAAUCACUACAGAUGGAUUGUGUGGAAGCAGGCGUCCAUGGAAAGAUCAUUUCCAGAAACAAUGGGCAGCCUCUGUCUCACUCCAGAGCAGGUUCUCCUCCAGCUGAAGUACAGAUAUGAUGUGGAGGUGGACCACAGCCGCAGGCCGGCUCUGAGAAAGAUCAUGGAGAAGGACGAUACAUCCGCCAAAACCCUGGUCCUCUGCGUUUGUGGGGUCGUCUCCAGGGGUCACUCCCUAAACAAGCAGAGUUUCAAUGACGCCAAGACUCCACAAGGUGCUGAUGCAAAGGCUGACAACCCAUCUGCAGUUGUCUGGCUGACAGAUGGAUGGUAUGCUAUUAAAGCUCAGCUGGAUGAACCUUUGACUGCCAUGCUUCACAAAGGUCGAGUGGCUGUUGGUGGCAAGUUGAUCAUCCACGGGGCUCAGCUGAUGGGAUCACAAGAUGCCUGCUCCCCUCUGGAGGCUCCUGAAUCUCUCAUGUUAAAGAUUUGUGCCAAUAGCAGCAGACCUGCACGAUGGAAUACUAAACUGGGAUUUCACAGAGAUCCACGGCCAUUUCUGCUUCCUGUCUCCUGUUUGUACAGCAGUGGAGGACCAGUAGGAUGUGUGGACAUUAUUAUACUCAGAAGCUACCCAAUACAAUGGAUGGAGAGGAAACCAGAUGGAGGCGUUGUCUUCCGUUCUGUUCGUGCAGAAGAGAAGGAGGCAAGACGAUACAACAGCCACAAACAAAAAGCUAUGGAGAUCCUGUUUGCCAGGAUUCAAGCUGAAUUUGAGAAGGAGGACAAAGGUAAUAACAAACCUCAACGUAGAAGACGGACAAUCAGUCGUCAGAGUAUUGCAAGUCUUCAGGAUGGAGAGGAGCUCUAUGAGGCAGUGAAGGAUGACCCAGCUUACUUCGAGGCACAUUUGAGUGAACAGCAGUUGGAGAGUCUACAAACCUACAGACGUUCUCUGAUAGAGAGGAAGCAGGCAGCGCUGCAGGAUCGCUACCGACGAGCUUUAGAAAAUGCAGAGGACAGUGAAGGAAGCUGUCCCAAACGGGACGUUACACCUGUGUGGAGACUCUGCAUUGCUGACUCCAGCGACAAACCCGGCAGUGUUUACCAGUUGAACCUUUGGCGACCUCCCUCAGAUCUUCAGUCUCUACUGAAGGAAGGCUGUCGAUACAAAGUGUACAAUCUCGCCACUUCGGAUGGAAAGAAACCUGGCGGUACCUCAACUCUUCAGCUAACUGGUACAAAGAAAACACAGUUUCAAGACCUACAGGCUUCUCAGGAAUGGUUAUCAACACGUUUUCAAUCGAGGGUCUCCACCCAUUUUGUGGAUCUUCAGAACACAGAAUUCCAGCCGCUGUGUGGAGAGGUUGAUCUCGCAGGAUAUGUCAUCAGUAUCAUAGAUGGACAGGGUUUUUCUCCUGCAUUUUAUCUGACCGAUGGGAAAAUGAACUUUGUAAAAGUGCGCUGUUUCAGCAGCUUUGCCCAGUCUGGCUUGGAUGAUUGGGUAAAACCACGUGCCCUGUUAGCUCUGAGCAACCUGCAACUGAGAGGUCAGUCCACAGCUCCCACUCCUGUUGUGUACGCUGGAGAUCUGACUGUCUUCUCAACAAACCCCAAGGAAGUUCACCUGCAGGAAAUCUUCAGUCAACUCAGAAAUCUGGUCCAGGGUCAGGAGAAUUUCUUUCCCAUCGCUGAAGAGAAGCUUUCACAUUUAGUCAAAUCUGAUGGCCUGAGGUCCAUCUCCUCUCCGGCUCUGCAAACACGAGCCUCACCUUCUGCAACAAUCAGAAGACAAGACACGAAAACACGUGUGAUGUCUCAGCAGCCAGCCAGAAGCCUCGGGUCCUUCACACCGGUCAGCAGGAAACCUUCCGCAGCAAACUGUUCGACUGAGAAAGACCCCUGCGCCCUGAAGAGGAAGAGAGCUCUGGACUAUCUGUCUCGUGUCCCGUCUCCACCACCUCUCUCCCAUCUGGUCUCAAUGGCUUCUCCGUGUGUAAAUAAGACUUUCAACCCCCCUCGAAGGUCAGGGACACCUAGCACUUUAAAAACUGUACAGACUCCAGUCAUUACACCAGUGGAGGACGAAUGGGUGAAUGAUGAGGAGCUGGCUAUGAUUGAUACGCAGGCAUUGCAUGUUGGUGAUUUACUGUAGGUAUGUGAGACUGUGACUUUUAAAAACUGUACAAAUGACUGAAUGUAAAGGCUGUGAUGGCACACGUUAUGGUUGCUUU